UAUGUAUGCAUGUUUUUCGCUUUCAUUCACGACUGCCUCUUGCUUUGCUCUCGCUCUCCCCAGUCCUGCCUGCGUGGAUCUCGUGCAACCACAAACGGCCAACAAAUGGAUUAUAGGAUGGAUGGAUUCUUGGACCAGCAAGUGCCUUACACUUUUGCAAAUAAAUCACUAGGAAAUGAACCAGUAAACAGACCUUUGAUGGCUACGAAAAGGAAAUAUAUGGACGCGGAAUUGCCUCCUCAGGAAUCGGAAGAUCUUUUCCAGGAUUUAAGCAAACUUCAGGAAACUUGGCUCACAGAAGCUCAGGUUCCAGACAGCGAUGAGCAAUUUGUGCCUGACUUUCAUUCAGAAAACUUAGCUUUCCACAGCCCUCCGGUGAAGAUUAAAAAAGAGCCCCAGAGCCCAGAUCCCACUCAGUCCUGCAGCCACAAGCAAACCUUCACUUAUCCCAAUGGGGAGCAGUGCCUUUACGCCAGUGCCUAUGACCAGAAGAGACCUGUUGGACACAAGUCCUCCAAUCCAGGGACCCCAAUGUCUCCUCUCCAGCAUUACUCCCCCAAACCCAACCUGAACCCCAGACAGGAGCAGCAGGGCUACCUGAACCCCCAGCGCCACCCACAGCCCAUCCACAACCAUGGCUACCACAUUGACCACAGCCCCAGGUACCCACAGCACUCAGGGGAGAUGUGCCACUCCUUCCCUUCCUCUCAGGGUGUGUCCCGUGAGCCCCCCACAGUGCAAGGGGAGAUGUGCCACUCCUUCCCUUCCUCUCGGGGUGUGUCCCGCAAUCCCCCCGCAGUGCUAGGGGGGUACCAGCGGCAGAUGUCCGAGCCCUGCAUGCCCUACAUGCAGGAGCACAGCUUCAAGCAGGAGUACAAUGACCCCCUCUACGACCAGACCAGCCAUAUGGGAGGCAGCAACCCCCAGAGAUACACGCCGCAGCACAUGGUCAAACAGGAGCCCACUGACUACCAAUAUGAGCCAGAUAUGACCAGCUGCCCAUCAAUGUACAUGCACAAUGAGGGCUACCCCAAUCCACUACACAACACUGAAGGCUAUUCCUAUGAGAAACAGAUGGGGCAAUUUAGUGAUGAUGCUCGUGUUGUUCCUGACAAAUCCGAGGGCAGAGAGAUGGAGGUGAAGCAGGAAGCGGGCAGCAUGUUGCGCGAGGGCCCCCCCUAUCAGCGGCGAGGCUCACUCCAACUCUGGCAGUUCCUGGUAGCCCUGUUGGAUGACCCGAGCAAUGCCCACUUCAUCGCCUGGACCGGCCGUGGCAUGGAAUUCAAACUCAUCGAGCCUGAGGAGGUGGCCAGGCUGUGGGGUAUGCAGAAGAACCGGCCAGCCAUGAACUAUGACAAGCUCAGCCGUUCACUGCGCUACUACUAUGAGAAGGGUAUCAUGCAGAAGGUGGCUGGAGAACGCUACGUCUACAAGUUUGUCUGCGAACCGGAAGCCCUCAUUUCCCUGGCCUUCCCUGACAAUCAACGCCCCAGCCUGAAGUCUGAGUUUGACCGUCACAUCAAUGAAGAGGACACCGUCCCCUUGUCCCACCUGGAUGAGAACGCAGCUUACAUCCCAGACCUGAACGCUCAGCAUUACUCGAAAGGCUACAUGUACUAGUGUCUGCGCAGUCCUACUCCUUGUAUAUAUGGCUAUGGUGGUUUUGUUUAAAUGAAUCCUUCUUAGGGACUUGAGGUUUUAAAGCUGCAGUAUCUUUGCCUCUGAGGUUUAGUCUAUCCAAGCACAUUAAAAGUGUGAACUGCUUGCAUAAUAAAAGCAAAUAUUACUACUAACAA